AUGGCCCUCAUGAUGGCUCAGCCUCCACGCUGCUGCUGGACCCCAGUCCACUUCAGAUCCAGGCCGGGUUUCCUCCUUGUCAUAGGCACCAAGCCCGAGAGCCUCUGGGAUGAAGCCACUGGCACAGCCAAGACCCAAACCCAAACCCGCCAAACCCGCUGCACCCCAGAGCGCAGGGACCGCACAGACAGCGGAGGCCAAGCCCUUGACUUUAUGGUGGCCACAGAAGGCGAUUCUGAGGAGGUGAUGGCCUUCUUGAGGUACAUAGGUGGCCUGAACUACCUUCCUAGCCACCACCACAGCCAACUCAGGAAUCCCCAGUGCCCUAGAGCGUUGUUCAAGCACAAAGGCAGAGUGAUCUUGCUUCUCCUGGGGAAUCCAGGGACAGGAGGCCUUAUCCCUGGCUCCCCAACACCCCACUCCACAGACUUUUUCAAGUCAGUUCUUCUGAGGGGCCUGAUUAUACUUUUGGAGCAAUUCAACACAUCAGUGCUGCUGAAGGGGCUGGGCACACGGCUGGCAGUCACCUUCUCGCCCCUGCCCACCAAGACAGGGGUCGGAGGCAGACGGCCUCCUGCUGUGCCAUCCAUGCUUCCAGGCAGGACCCUCAUCCAGUACUGGCAGCCCUACCCGCCAAGCAAGAGCAACCUGCACCUGCUGCUGGGCACGCCUGUUCCCAUCCCAUCUGACAGCAACUACACCAGUGGCACUGCCCCCAACAUCAACACUUUCAGCAGUAACAGCACGAAGAUUCAGAGCCAGCUUCUCUGGCACUUGUAACACCAGGCCUUGCUUCUUGCCCGACUCAGCAUCGUGUACCAGCUUUUCCUGAUGCAGUUGUGGGCACAGAGAGUUGACUUCUGCCAGGAACGUUCCUGA